AGCCGGAGCCGGAGCGAGCCCGCCCCGGGGGGAGGAGGGCGAGGGCGGCGAGCCAUGACGGGCGGCGGCGCCGCGAAGCGCCGGCGGUGGUAAAGAGAGAGAGACAGAGAGAGAGGGAGAGGGAGCCCCGAGCUUGGAGCGCGGAGCCCGCGGGGCAGCGCCGAGGGGGCCGCCAUGGGCAACGCGGGCAGCGUGGACGCGCAGCACACCGAGCUGCGGGCGCACAGCCUGCCCCUCAAGCUGCCCAUGCCCGAGCCCGGAGAGCUGGAGGAGCGCUUCGCCGUGGUCCUGAAUUCCAUGAACCUGCCUCCCGACAAGGCCCGGCUCCUGCGGCAGUACGACAACGAGAAGAAGUGGGAGCUCAUCUGUGACCAGGAAAGAUUCCAAGUGAAGAAUCCUCCACACACGUACAUCCAGAAAUUAAAGGGCUAUCUGGACCCAGCGGUAACCAGGAAGAAGUUCCGAAGACGAGUCCAGGAGUCGACCCAAGUGCUGCGAGAACUGGAAAUUUCCUUAAGAACAAACCACAUCGGGUGGGUGAGGGAGUUCCUGAAUGAGGAGAACAAGGGCCUGGAUGUUCUGGUGGAGUACCUGUCCUUUGCACAGUAUGCAGUCACGUUCGACUUCGAGAGCGUGGAGAACAGCGUGGAGAACCCCAUGGACAAGUCCAAGCCCUGGAGCCGCUCCAUCGAGGACCUGCACCGGGGCACCAACCUGCCCUCGCCGGUGGGGAACAGCAUCUCCCGCUCGGGCCGCCACUCCACCCUCCGGUACAACACCCUGCCGAGCCGGAGGACGCUCAAAAACUCCCGAUUAGUGAGCAAAAAGGACGAUGUUCACGUCUGCAUCAUGUGCCUGCGGGCCAUAAUGAACUACCAGUACGGGUUCAACAUGGUGAUGUCCCACCCCCACGCUGUCAAUGAGAUUGCACUGAGUCUGAACAACAAGAACCCCAGGACCAAGGCCCUUGUCCUGGAGCUCCUGGCAGCCGUUUGCCUCGUCCGAGGGGGACACGAGAUCAUCUUGUCAGCCUUUGAUAACUUCAAGGAGGUGUGUGGGGAGAAGCAGCGCUUCGAGAAGCUCAUGGAGCACUUCAGGAACGAGGACAACAACAUAGACUUCAUGGUGGCCUGCAUGCAGUUCAUCAACAUCGUGGUGCACUCCGUGGAGGACAUGAACUUCCGAGUGCACCUGCAGUACGAGUUCACCAAGCUGGGCCUGGACGAGUACCUGGAUAAGCUGAAGCACACGGAGAGUGACAAGCUGCAGGUGCAGAUCCAGGCCUACCUGGACAACGUGUUCGACGUGGGGGCUUUGCUGGAGGACGCCGAGACCAAGAACGCGGCCCUGGAGAGGGUGGAGGAACUGGAAGAGAACAUUUCUCACUUAUCUGAAAAGCUCCAGGAUACGGAGAACGAGGCCAUGGCCAAGAUUGUGGAACUGGAAAAGCAACUUAUGCAGAGGAACAAAGAACUGGACGUGAUCCGGGAGAUCUACAAAGAUGCCAAUACCCAAGUUCACACCCUGAGGAAGAUGGUGAAGGAGAAGGAAGAAGCCAUCCAGCGCCAGUCCACGCUGGAGAAGAAGAUCCACGAGCUGGAGAAGCAGGGAACCAUCAAGAUCCAGAAGAAAGGGGAUGGGGACAUCUCCAUCCUUCCCGUGGCUCUGGCCUCUGGGAUGGUGCCAGCAGGGUCAGAGGUGUCAGGGACACCUGGCACACCUGGAGCUGCAUCCUCAGUGCCAUUGCCACCCCCUCCACCGCCCCUACCUGCCAUGGCAGGGACUCCUGAGGCAGUGCCCAAUGGCCCCGUGUCGGUGCCGAUGCCGCCUCCCCCUCCGCCCCCGCCGCCACCCCCACCGCCUCCUCCACCUCCUCCUCUGCCAGGGCCGGCUCUGGACACGGCUCCAGCAGCUCCACUGCCCCCACCACCCCCUCCCUCAGCUCCCCCUCUGCCCGGGACAGCCUCUCCCACCGUGGUCUUCAACUCAGGCCUCGCAGAUGGGCCCAUCAAGCUCUUCUCUGUGAAGAUCAAGAAGCCCAUCAAGACCAAGUUCCGCAUGCCCGUGUUCAACUGGGUGGCCCUGAAGCCCAACCAGAUCAACGGCACCGUCUUCAACGAGAUCGACGACGAGAGGAUCCUCGAGGAUCUAAACGUGGAUGAAUUCGAAGAAAUAUUCAAAACAAAGGCCCAGGGCCCAGCCAUUGAUCUGACCUCCAGCAAGCAGAAGAUCACCCAGAAAGGCUCCAACAAGGUCACGUUGCUGGAUGCCAACAGGGCCAAGAACCUGGCCAUAACCCUCCGGAAAGCCGGGAAGACGGCGGACGAGAUCUGCAAGGCCAUCCACGUGUUUGACCUGAAGACGCUGCCGGUGGAUUUUGUGGAGUGCUUGAUGCGGUUCCUGCCCACGGAGAACGAGGUGAAGGUGCUGCGCCUGUACGAGCGGGAGCGCAAGCCCAUCGAGAACCUGUCGGACGAGGACCGGUUCAUGAUGCAGUUCAGCAAGAUCGAGAGGCUCAUGCAGAAAAUGACCAUCAUGGCCUUCAUCGGCAACUUCGCCGAGAGCAUCCAGAUGCUGACCCCGCAACUCCACGCCAUAAUCGCUGCCUCUGUCUCCAUAAAGUCAUCCCAAAAGCUUAAGAAGAUACUGGAGAUCAUCCUGGCUCUUGGGAACUACAUGAACAGCAGCAAACGAGGGGCUGUCUACGGCUUUAAGCUGCAGAGUUUAGACCUGCUCCUGGAGACCAAGUCGACAGACCGGAAGCUGACGCUGCUGCACUACAUCUCCAACGUGGUCAAGGAGAAGUACCAGCACGUGUCCCUCUUCUACAACGAGCUGCACUACGUGGAGAAGGCAGCAGCAGUGUCCCUGGAGAACGUGCUGCUGGACGUGAAGGAGCUGCAGCGGGGCCUGGAGCUGACCAAGCGCGAGUACACCAUGCACGACCACAACACCAUGCUCAAGGACUUCAUCCAGAACAACGAGGGCAAGCUCAAGAAGCUGCAGGACGACGCCAAGAUAGCCCAGGAUGCCUUUGAUGAUGCUGUGAAGUACUUUGGGGAGAAUCCCAAGACAACUCCCCCCUCGGUCUUUUUCCCAGUGUUUGUCCGGUUUGUGAAGGCCUACAAGCAAGCAGAAGAAGAGAAUGAGCUGAGGAAAAAGCAGGAACAGGCCUUAAUGGAAAAACUUAUGGAGCAGGAAGCGUUGAUGGAGCAGCAGGACCAAAAGUCCCCCUCCCACAAGACGAAGCGGCAGCAGCAGGAGCUGAUCGCGGAGCUGCGGCGGCGGCAGGUCAAGGACAACCGGCACGUGUACGAGGGCAAGGACGGCGCCAUCGAGGACAUCAUCACAGUACUUGGGAGUUUUCCACACACUGUGGUGUGCAAGGAACACGAUUUAACUCUUCAGUAA